AUGGAUUUGUUCACCUUCAUUGUUUAUUCCGAGGCACCCGCGUCCUAUGCCGUAGUUGUAAAAAUUAUAGAAAUUGCGCAAGAUAUCUCUCACCUACCUAUUGCGAUAUUGUUUGAGAUGUUAUGGUUUCGAAUGAGGUUUCUGCACAAGUAUUUGCGGGCUCAACUCACUGAAGAUAAGAAUGUUGAAGAGAAAUCUAUUUGCUUGAGGAAGUUUCUAUAUAUGUACAGGUCGUUGUUGGAUAAUGUUGAGAAUGUGUUUAGACCUCUGGCGGCUUUGACAUUACUGGAGGUUGUGUAUAGCUAUAUUAAAAUAUUAUCUGAUGUACACUUUGCUAUCGUUGUGAUAAUCAAUGAAAAGAGCGUACGAAAUUUAACACUGACUGUAUUUCUGGGUUCGGUCUUAGACUUCUCAGUUCUGAGUGUGGGUGCAAUAUUCCUUGAGAAGACAUUAAAUGAAUAUGGAGGGAUGAAAUCAACAAUUUCUGCGGAAUUAAUGGUGCUCAAAGAUAAGCAAUACCGCGAGCAAAUCUACACUUGUCUGAAUUAUUUGGAGGUUCGGCCACCUUCGUACACCAUCUGGCACAUUCUCCCCAUGAACUUCAGAAUGAUGGUCAUUCUUUUGGACCUUAUUGUAACCUACGUUAUUGUUCUUAUUUCUUUUAAAAUUUAG